UAUUCUGGGCAAAUGUUUUUUUCCUACGUUAGACUCAUUAUCUUUGAAUACAAGGCAUAAGGUUCAUGCUCAACACUAAAUUGGGAUUUGCAUGUAUAUGACCAAGAAACGUUAUUUAAAAUUUUAUAGACAAGGUCAAAAAGUUACAAGAUGACUUGCUCUUGGAGGCAGCCAGUUAGGGGAAUUUAACUGGGUGCUUGGGUUUUCAUUUGAGUCAACUUUCAAAGCGGAGCACAUGGUUUGCUGAUUGGUUGCUUGAUUAUGGAGUCACUUAUGGAGCAAAUGAGGGGCUAGAACUACGUGUGAAGUCAAUAGGGUUGCUGCCUUCUGGGUUUUGAGUAAACUAGUUAAUAAAGACAUGGGUUUGAUAUACAUAUAUAUUGUGCUAAAAUGCUCUGGUUUUUACGAUAAAAUUGAGGAGAUCAGAGAGGAUUGGUUUGGGAUAUUGGGUUGAGGAGUCUAAUUUGCAUGCACUGGAUAUUUUGCAUAUGAAAGGAAAGAAAAGGAGGGAGAGAACUAUAGCACUCACUCCUGGUCUUGACUUCCGGUCAGAGAUAAAAUUUAGGUAGCCGAACCCAUAUAGUGGGAUAAAAGGAUUCCCUCAGAAUCUGUUGAACCCCGGAACACAGAUCGUUGGGCGCGCCGCAGCAUAUUGUUGUGUAUGCCCAGUUCACAGGUUGUAAAUUAAAUGGGAAUCAUUGGACACAGUGGAGUUGUUAGAAAACCAAAUGAAAGCAUGAGGCUUAUUGUAACAACUUGUGUUGGGCUCAUCUUUGGCUUCUUCAUUGGGGUAUCAUUUCCCAGACUUACAUUAACAGAGGUUCAUGACAAUCUGAAUGUCCCUUCUAGUCUUCUUCCUUCUGGCAGCAGUAACGCAGUGACCGAAGAACAAAAAAUGCACAUUACAUCAAAGAUCUGGUCUCCAUCUAAUCCGCGAGGCGCAGAACAAUUACCCCCCGCUAUUGUUGCAGCUGAAUCUGAUUUAUUUCUCCGCAGAUUGUGGGGUGAGCCCAGUGAGGACAUAACUAUCAAGCCGAAAUAUCUUGUGACAUUCACCGUUGGUUAUAAUCAGAAGCAGAACAUUGAUGCAGCCGUCAAGAAGUUCUCGGAGAACUUCACAAUUCUUCUGUUCCAUUACGAUGGAAAAACAACCGAGUGGGAUGAGUUCGAGUGGUCACGGCGAGCUAUUCAUGUCAGUGCCCCAAAGCAAUCGAAGUGGUGGUACGCGAAACGAUUUCUGCACCCUGACAUCGUGGCGCCAUACGAUUACAUUUUUAUCUGGGACGAAGACCUCGGGGUUGAGAACUUCGACGCUGAAGAAUACAUAAAACUUGUGCGGAAGCAUGGCUUUGAGAUUUCCCAACCUGGUAUAGAACCGACGAGAGGGCUAACAUGGCAGAUGACGAAAAGAAGAGAUGAUCGCGAGGUUCACACACAAACAGGGGAGAAACCGGGCUGGUGCAGCGAUCCACACUUGCCUCCUUGUGCAGCAUUCGUCGAGAUCAUGGCUCCAGUGUUCUCCCGAGACGCAUGGCGUUGCGUCUGGCACUUGAUUCAGAAUGACUUGGUCCAUGGAUGGGGUCUGGACUUUGCCCUCCGCAAAUGUGUUGAGCCUGCUCACGAAAAGAUUGGAGUUGUCGAUGCUCAGUGGAUCGUUCACCAAACUCUUCCUUCCCUCGGAAGCCAGGGCCAAGCAGAGAAUGGAAAGGCGCCAUGGCUGGGGGUGAGGGAAAGGUGCAAGAAAGAGUGGAGCAUGUUCCAGGCUCGGCUCGGGAAUGCAGAAAAAGCUUACUACAGAUCCAUGGGAGUGGAGCCACCAAACUCCACGACUCGCUGGCGCUAGGCCCGGAUUCAUCUAACCCGCCCAUCGAUUCAUAUAUUCUUGUCAAGACCGACCACGAUCAAAUAACAACCACUGUUGCAGUGCUUCUCCAAUACAAGGCAAUUGGAUUGCCCGGAUUCCAAUGUUGGAUCCAUUUCUUCAUAAUCUUUUUUUUUUUUUAAAAAAAAUAGCUAUUGCUUUAAUGUCCCUAUAAGAGAACCGUUCGAAUUAGUCCGAUUCUAUAAUAAUUUAGUAAUCAAACUAUUUUUAACAA